CACUGGGAUAGCGGCGGCAGGAGCGGCGUUGGCACCCGCGAACGAUGGCUGGGAUUUUCUAUUUCGUCCUCUUUUCGUUUCUCUUUGGGAUUUGCAAUGCUGUCACCGGUUCUAGGGUAUACCCCGCGAAUGAAGUUACUUUAUUGGAUUCCAGAUCUGUUCAGGGGGAACUUGGGUGGAUAGCAAGCCCCCUGGAAGGAGGGUGGGAGGAAGUGAGUAUUAUGGAUGAGAAAAACACACCAAUUCGAACGUACCAGGUGUGCAACGUGAUGGAGCCCAGCCAGAACAACUGGCUGCGAACUGAUUGGAUCACCCGAGAAGGGGCACAGAGGGUUUACAUUGAGAUUAAGUUCACCCUGAGGGACUGCAAUAGUCUUCCUGGUGUCAUGGGGACCUGCAAGGAGACGUUUAACCUGUAUUCCUAUGAGUCCGACAAGGACAAGGAGCGCUUCAUCAGAGAGAGCCAGUUUGCCAAGAUCGACACCAUUGCCGCUGACGAGAGCUUCACUCAAGUGGACAUUGGUGACAGAAUCAUGAAGCUCAACACCGAGAUCCGGGAUGUAGGGCCCCUGAGCAAAAAGGGGUUUUACUUGGCCUUCCAGGAUGUGGGAGCUUGCAUUGCCCUGGUGUCAGUGCGUGUGUUCUAUAAGAAGUGUCCACUCACUGUGCGCAAUCUGGCCCAGUUUCCAGACACCGUCACGGGUGCUGAUACCUCUUCCCUGGUGGAAGUUCGAGGCUCCUGUGUCAACAACUCGGAAGAAAAGGAUGUGCCAAAAAUGUACUGUGGGGCAGAUGGCGAAUGGCUGGUACCCAUUGGCAACUGCCUGUGCAAUGCUGGGCAUGAAGAGCAGAAUGGAGAAUGCCAAGCUUGCAAAAUUGGAUACUACAAGGCUCUCUCCACGGAUGCCACCUGUGCCAAGUGUCCACCUCACAGUUACUCUGUCUGGGAAGGAGCCACCUCGUGCACCUGUGACCGAGGCUUUUUCCGAGCUGACAACGACGCCGCCUCCAUGCCCUGCACCCGCCCGCCAUCUGCUCCCCUCAACCUGAUUUCAAAUGUCAACGAGACAUCCGUGAACUUGGAAUGGAGCAGCCCUCAGAACACAGGUGGUCGCCAGGACAUUUCCUACAAUGUGGUCUGCAAGAAAUGUGGAGCGGGUGACCCAAGCAAGUGCCGGCCCUGCGGAAGUGGGGUCCACUACACCCCGCAGCAGAAUGGCCUCAAGACUACCAGAGUCUCCAUCACCGAUCUUCUGGCACACACCAAUUACACAUUUGAGAUCUGGGCAGUGAAUGGAGUGUCCAAGUAUAACCCUAGCCCAGACCAGUCGGUCUCUGUCACUGUGACAACCAACCAAGCAGCACCGUCAUCUAUUGCGUUGGUCCAGGCCAAAGAGGUUACAAGAUACAGCGUGGCUCUGGCUUGGUUGGAACCAGAUCGGCCUAAUGGGGUAAUCUUGGAGUAUGAAGUCAAAUAUUAUGAGAAGGAUCAGAAUGAACGAAGCUACCGGAUAGUUCGAACGGCUGCCAGAAACACAGAUAUCAAAGGCCUCAACCCCCUGACUUCGUAUGUCUUCCAUGUGCGGGCCAGGACGGCUGCUGGCUACGGAGACUUCAGCGAGCCCCUCGAGGUCACAACCAACACAGUGCCUUCCCGGAUCAUCGGAGACGGUGCCAAUUCCACUGUCCUGCUGGUUUCCGUCUCCGGCAGCGUGGUGCUCGUGGUCAUUCUCAUUGCAGCUUUUGUCAUCAGCAGGAGGCGUAGUAAGUACAGUAAAGCGAAACAAGAAGCAGAUGAAGAGAAACAUUUAAAUCAAGGUGUUAGAACCUACGUGGAUCCCUUUACGUAUGAAGAUCCCAACCAGGCUGUUCGAGAAUUCGCCAAAGAAAUUGAUGCAUCCUGCAUUAAGAUUGAAAAAGUCAUAGGGGUUGGGGAAUUUGGAGAAGUCUGCAGUGGGCGUCUCAAAGUGCCGGGCAAGAGAGAGAUUUGUGUGGCCAUCAAGACUCUGAAAGCUGGUUACACAGAUAAGCAGCGGAGAGACUUCCUAAGUGAAGCCAGCAUCAUGGGACAGUUUGACCACCCAAACAUUAUUCACCUGGAAGGCGUUGUCACCAAAUGUAAACCAGUGAUGAUCAUAACAGAAUACAUGGAGAAUGGCUCCUUGGAUGCAUUCCUCAGGAAGAAUGAUGGCAGAUUUACAGUCAUUCAGUUGGUGGGCAUGCUUCGUGGCAUUGGGUCUGGGAUGAAAUAUUUAUCUGAUAUGAGCUAUGUGCAUCGUGACCUGGCCGCUCGGAACAUCCUGGUAAACAGCAACUUGGUCUGCAAAGUAUCUGACUUUGGCAUGUCCCGGGUGCUGGAGGAUGACCCGGAAGCAGCCUACACCACUAGGGGUGGCAAGAUUCCUAUCCGGUGGACUGCGCCAGAAGCAAUCGCCUAUCGUAAAUUCACAUCAGCAAGUGAUGUAUGGAGCUAUGGAAUCGUUAUGUGGGAAGUGAUGUCGUAUGGAGAGAGACCUUAUUGGGAUAUGUCUAACCAAGAUGUGAUUAAAGCCAUCGAGGAAGGCUAUCGGCUACCCCCGCCAAUGGACUGCCCCGUUGCCCUCCACCAGCUCAUGCUGGACUGCUGGCAGAAGGAGAGAAGUGACAGGCCUAAAUUUGGGCAGAUUGUCAACAUGUUGGACAAACUCAUCCGCAAUCCCAACAGCUUGAAGAGGACGGGGACGGAGAGCUCCAGACCCAACACUACUUUGUUGGAUCCCAGCUCCCCUGAGUUUUCUGCGGUAGUAUCGGUGGGCGACUGGCUGCAGGCUGUGAAAAUGGACCGAUAUAAGGACAACUUCACAGCUGCUGGUUACACCACGCUCGAGGCCGUGGUGCACAUGAGCCAGGAGUAAGUACUCAGCGAUGUUACACCACAGGUGACCUGGCAAGAAUCGGCAUCACAGCCGUCACACACCAGAAUAAGAUUUUGAGCAGCGUCCAGGCGAUGCGAACCCAGAUGCAGCAGCUACACGGCAGGAUGGUUCCUGUCUGAGCCAGUACUGACUAAACCCAAAACUGUUGAAGUUAGUUUACCUCAUCCAUGCACUUUAAUUGAAGAACUGCACUUUUUUACUUCGUCUUCGCCCUCUGAAAUUAAAGGAAAAUAAACCUGCGGGGCUGAUUGGUGUACAGAUUGCUGAAACUGGGGCUUUGACAGAAAAGGCGGUGAGUGGGGGACUGAGACCUGGGGCCUGUCAUUGCUCAGAAGUACUUCCGUCCUGUGGUGUGUAGUAUACUUACGCCUAUAUAAAGAGAUCUCUGCCUCUGAGUUUCGAUGCUGUCUUCACUGCUAGACACAGAGCUUUUGCGAGUCAACCUUCAUCCUCCCUCCAUGUGGAAUUACAACGGAAGGGUUUUGUCUGUGGCAUAAACUACAGUUGUCUCCCCUGAGAAGAAGACCCUGCCCAAAAGCGUUGUGGGGGGACUCCAUGGCGGCUGUGAGGAAGUGGCUCAUACCGCUGAAUAAAACCCAGGAAAAGCCACGUGGCUCACUCAUCCAUGUUGCCUCUUGAGUCACCAGGUCACCUGGUGGAUUCCUAUCACAUGGAGAGCUAGAAAGAGAAGGAAAGUGGAUUUAAAAUGCAAAACCCCAAGCCUGAUAACCCCUAACUGGACGAAGGAGUGCUGUUGCUUUGGGCCUGAGGCUGUGCCAUAUAAAAGUUUAUUUGGGGACUGUACAAACCUAUAAGUACCUUAUGGAUAGUAGGCUGUGACAAUCUUGAAUAAGGAACUUUCACACUUCCCUGCUAUAAAGAAGCAACCCUAAAUUUACAAGGGAGUUCCUGCUGCCGUCUCAGCCUCACAGCCCCUCCUGUAGAUUAUAAAGCUUUGGAAGAAAACAGAACACACCCCUGCUCAGUUCCUUCCAGAUGUGUUUCUUCUGUUUCUCUCAUGCCAGUUCUGGGGCAAAUACACGGAUGGGGUGACAGCUGUACCCGAAAGGAACAAGUGUAUGCGUUUCAAGUCCUCUUUCCCAGUGAAAGCCGCAUCUAGUUCAGCAUCUGUUCUCUGAUUGCACUGAGGAAUGUGCCGUCUCGUGGUGGCGGAUCUGCAGAGCCCUCGCUCCCACACUCCUUGUGGUUUUAUUUAUAUGUAUUUCCAUAUCUCAUUCCUGUACGUCAUUGCUGCGUUGUUGUGGCAGCAAGUGACCAAAGGCUACAGGUUUCACGAUGGACACCGGGUCAGGUGCCACCAUGCAGAACACAGUCAGUUUCGUGAGCUGCCUAUGAUAUGCAUUGCUGACGUAACAUUUUACCCAGGGUGUGCCAUUGCAGUGAUAUAAAUAUAUUUUUUUUCCUAGACUAAAUAUGAGCUGACUAUCUCUUUUGAUGUGUGUACAUAGGUGUGAGUGUGUGCGCGCGUGUGUGUGUCUGCGUGUGUGCAUUAACUUCAUGCUUAGAACUGCCUGUGAGUGUUGUGGAAUGCUACACCUGGAGAAUUCUGGUUUCCCAUCAGUUCCAAGACAAAGAAACUGUAUGAUUUAUUGGGCCUGGACACCAUGCCCAUCCCCUUGGCAAAACAACCUGGAAAUGCUACAUAUCCCAUGUCAAAAAUGAAACUUGUAGCUGCCACAUUAAUCUUGAGAAGUAAUUCUCCAGCUUUGAACAGAUGUGUUUUUUGCCUUGAUGGUGAAGUAAUAUUAGGAUAUAAAUCCAUGUAGGUGAGCACCCAUCACCCAAAUCACAGAUUCUGAUUGGACUCAUCCAACUCACCAGUUACUCGGUGAAGCAAGAAGGGGAUGGCAUCAUGUGGUAACCCCAAAUGGAGGACAAAUAGCCUUUGUUUCCCUGCAUAAAUGGACUUGCUGAGUGCGAACAAAUAUAUGCAAUUCAUAUACUUUUGGAGAUGAGCGUAGAUAUGUGUGUCAGCCUUGAGAUGAUGUGUUUGGAUUAAUACUUUGUCUCUCAAUGUCACAGAAAAAUACAUGCCAGUGACUCUUGAGGUUAAUGUAGUCGGGGUGAAAUGGCCUCAAGCAAUUUCAGGUUCUCCGAUUACAUGGAAAGUUCUCCAGUAAUUAAUAUGCAGCUAGUUCCUCUUGCCCUCAUAAGUACGCCAGUCUCCUAGGAUCUGAGCUCUGGUGUCUGAAAAUCAGUAUUGAUGUGAUUUGUAUACCAAACUCCAGCCAACAUACUGCCAUUUUCCAGAACCUGAGUGGCUGCCUUGCUUAUUCUGAGCUACAGUCGCAAAAACUGUGGCCAUUUAUAUAAGCUAUAACAUCAAAUCAGGGAAAACGGGGGAAAAGAUUCUGAACUGUAUAUUAUUGAAUAAGUAGAGAAAAAUCAUCAAUAAAUAUUUGUUGCAUUCUGACAGGGUGUGUGGCAUUAUAUUCUCAUAACUAUGCCAGAGUGACAAAGUUAAUUCACCCCUUUUUGGGGACCUUAAUAUAUUUUUAAAGGGAUGUGCCUAUGCGUUGAUGCCUGGAAAAUAUGUGUAAAGAAAUGAGGUUGAACCUCAUUGAAUGAGCAGAGAUCAUUCUUCCCAGAGGUGAGAGGGAGGAGGCCAACUUCUGGGUCUAUCUACCCCUCAGCAAGCACUGGCCUAAUGAACUCGAGCUAAAUUCUACUCAUGUCUAUGAAACAGCACGAAGCUGUUCCCUGCACCAAAUCAAGUAGCUGCACCAAGUGUCUGCAGACUCUAAGUGACAUUUUAGCCAUCUUAAUAAAUGAAAUGUCUGGUGUACUAAAAAAAAAAAAAAAAAAUUAAAGGUUGUGUUCACUACACAAUGGGUGUGUGUUCUAAGACCUCGUCCUCAUCUGUGAAGGAUCUGUGUAUUAAUCCAUACACUCCAAUAGCCUCAACAUUUGUCUGAAGACACUUAAAUUCUGACCCGUAAAGGAAAGUUCUAGAAGCAAUAUUUUCACUUAUUGAACAUUGUCCAAACAACACCAAGCAUUGAUACACGCUGAAGAGUGCAUUUAUUUUUUUGUACUACUCCAAGUAUGUUGGAAUAUGCAAGGACUGUGGUUAAAAUUAGAAUGUAUAAGACAUAAUUUAGUUCAUUCUGAAAAAGAAGUUAAUAGAACAUUGCUUGGUUCACACUUGUUCCAAAUUUUGAGCAAUCUUUUGAGUUAGACAUAGAAUUUCUAUUUUGCUUUAAUUUGUCAAGGUAUUUUUUUCUUCCCUUCAUGGACUUUAGGUACACAUAACUUAUGUCAUUUAUUUAUGGUCUUUUAUACCUAGUUUGUAAAAUUGUAAAAUAGCAAACUAAAUGCAAAGGGUUUGCAUAUGAAAGUAAUAAAGUAGUUGCCGUAUAUAAACCUGA